AUGGUCGACUAUCAAGACUCGCUCUCACAGGGCGAGGACGCCGAUCAAUCAAGAGUGGUACAGCGGCGGAGACGACCCCCGCUCUCUUGUACAGAAUGCCGACGACGCAAAUUGAAGUGUGACCGUUCGCUGCCUUGCGGACAAUGCGUCCGCUCAAAAACUGCAGACUCGUGUGUCUUCGUCGGUCCUCAACCAGGGCCAACAGAAUCGUCUUCACGGCGCAUGUCACCACCAGUAUCACGGAUGCGGAUUCCCAGUGGCUCUGAAGACCCAGCUGCAGGCACGGGCAGCAUGUUUGUUUUUGAUUCUAAAAUGGGCUCCCGGUCCGAUUCAAAUCGGGUUUCGAAACGCAGUCGCCCGGAUGAGCUGCAUGAACUUCGACACCGACUGCGUGUAUUGGAACAUGCGUUGAACAAGCCCAAUGGAAAUGUCCUCCAAACUCCCGAAACAUCCAUCGGCGAUGUUUUCUCGGAUGCGGAAACGUCUACCAUGGAUGCUGCAGGAGUAGACGAUCGCGUUCGAUUUCUUCCGGACUGCAGCUUCCGAGGGAAGAAAGGCAAGACAAGGUACUUCGGUCGCAGUCAUUAUACCACCACCGUAUCAUUUUUCCAAGAUAUUGGUUCCUUCCUCCGACGAGGUCGACAUGCUACCAAGGAUAAAGAAUAUUCCGACAUGAAACAUUUCAAGUGCGAGCUUUGGUCUCGCGAAAGCCAGGACCAUCAACGAGCAUUUCGAGACCAGGCCUUCCAACUCGAAGAAAUGGUCCCAUCACGCAAAGUGGCCGAUCAAUUGGUUCAGUUUUAUCUCGACACAUUCGAGACUACCUUCCGAGUUCUGCACAUCCCAACCUUUCUGGAGCAGUACACAGCGUACUGGAAUCGUCAACAAGAGCCAGAUUUGGCAUUCGUAGCCCAACUCUUAGCCGUCCUAGCAGCCGGAAGUUGCUUCUACCUACCAACAUCGAAUAUGGAGGGCGAUCAACGUGAUGUGUAUCAAAAACCCGCAAUGAAGUGGAUCAUGGCGGUGCAGUCAUACAUCUCGUGUACCUUUGUGAGUCCGCAACUCAAUUUUAGCAUGAUUCAGACGCAGACCCUUCUUUUGAUCGCUCGUCUCGCGAACGCCAACGAUGGAGAUGUGGCGUGGGCCUCGGCAGGGUCCCUAAUUCGAUCCGCCAUCACAAUGGGAUUGCACCGGGACCCGACCCGAUUUCGCAAGAAGGCCCGCCCAUUCUGGUGCGAGCAGCGCCGUCGACUAUGGACGACGAUUGUGGAACUGGAUCUCAAAAUCUCGCUGGACCGUGGUGUCCCACCUUCCGUGGAUCUUGACGAAUCUGAUUGCGAUGCACCCUGCAACUGGGAUGAUAACGAUUUAUCCGAAAGGAUGGAAACCGACCCAGCGCCUCUCAGCACAGCAACAUAUACCCGUGGGUUUUACCAGUACUUGCUCUCUAAAACGCUGCCGCUACGCUACCGAAUCGCGAAGAAAAUCAACACCCUUCGGUUCGACCUAUCCUACGAUGAAGCGUUACGAAUGGGUGAAGAACUUCUCCGAGCCAUGCAACAAGCUUCGUCUUUAUUCGACGAUAAUGCAUCCGGCGUCAACCCGGUGGACGUUGCCAAGCAUAGAUUCGCUCAGUCCUUACACCUCUUCAUCAUGCGCAAGUUUCUUCUCGCGCUCCACCGACCCUUCUCGCUCAGCGUGGUACGGCUACCCAAAUGUUCGUAUUCGCGAAAAGUGUGCUUAGAAGCCUCGCUUGAGAUCCUCUCUCAGAUGGAACUCCCGAACCCAGCGGACUCGGUCCUAUACCCCCAUAUCACCCAGCUUGGCAGUGGUGUGUUCCGGGACGAGACAUUCCAUGCCGCUAUUACAGUCUGCGUGGAGCUAUCCCUCCAGGCUCAAGAGAUGGUCAAUUCAGCCGGUCCAACUAUGGACGGGGUGAACUCGAGCGUGUUGAUGAGCAUGGUUCAGUCACAACAGAAUGUAAUGCUGCAGGCAGUUGAACGGACCUUAGAUGAUUUUGGUCGUCGCAUCGGCCCUGGUGGCAAUGGAUGCAAGCCUUACUUCUUCUUGACCAUCAUCCUGGCAUCCGUCCAGUCGCGGAUCAAGGGCGAAGAUCCCAUGGUGAACGUGGAGACCUGCUCUAAAAAGUGCGUUCGCGUGUGCCGUGGUGUGUUGAAUGGGCUGGCCUAUUCUGAUGCUUUGGCCAGUGCCCAACGCCCACCUGAGUCGACUGAUCAGACUCCGGUUGCAAUGGGAAACCCCACGCCGUUGUCCGGGUCCUCAGUGGACUUUGAUCCUAUUUCUUUUCUUUCCACCGAUUUCGGUGACUUUGCGCCUAUGGAUCUAGGAGCUUGGGUUGAGGGACUUGACCCUGGUGGUUCAGAAUUAUGGGAUAACGAUUUCUUUGGAAGUUUACCGGCGAUUUAA